GAGGGAAAACCCAAUUCUAGGGUUCAGUUAUCAUCGAUCUGUUGGAAGGAAUCGGUAUAAUAAUUGUGUUCCAGAAAUGGACAGCCAGAAUUUAUUCACCAUUAUUCUGUUGAUGUUGUCACAACACUCCGCACAGGGCAGAUACUUCAAUCUGACUGAAUUCCUAGAGCAACCGCGUGACGAAUGGCAGAUGAGAAAUUGGGGGAUUCACCAAUCGUAUUCGAUAAUUCCUCGAGAUGUUUCUUACCUGCCAGAGGACGACUACGAUGAAGGGGACAGCGAGAAAAUCCAGGAAGAAAUCACCCAGUUGGAGAGAAACGACAGAAACUUGAGGCCAGAAUAUCGAAAUUUGUGUGAAACGAGGACUCGAAAAGUUCUGCUUAAUGAUGAUGACUACGAAUAUCAGCCGCCGCAUUAUCAUGAAAUCUACUGCAAGAGUUUUUCAGUUGAUCAGUCCUUGCGCAAUCUCGCGAAGCCACAGAGACAGUCAUGUGCUCAUCCUGGGUUUCACUGUGUCCAACGAAGCAGGACUGUCUCCUUAGUCCGUCGUCCAUGGUCUGAGACUUGUUGGGAGACAGUAGCCAAGGAAAUCCCCAGUGGAUGUGACUGCAUGUGGCCUGUCUCGACCCUAGGAGACAUCACUCCACACUAUUAAGUUCAAAAAACUUAAAUUCCUCCAAAACCCCUAGCAAUUUAUCAGUAUUUUCUUCAUAAUCUAUGGAUUGAGAAUUCGAUAAUUGAAAAGACAUUGAUUUUAUUAAAAUAUCUAUUGAAAA